AUGUAUCUCCCUCGGUCAUUGAUCUCGAAGUUAUACACUCACCUCCAACAAACUCGGCAUCCGCUCUCUCCACCCGUCCUUAUCCUAGUCGCCCUUGAACCAGAUGCUCUUUGCGCGUGCAGGAUCCUUACGAGACUAUUGAAACAUGACUACAUCCCCCACAAGAUACAGCCCGUGGCCGGGUACACCGACCUCGAGAAGGCCGGCCGAGAACUGGUGAUGCCCAUGAUGGAGUCCCAGGGCGGUAGCGGAGGUGUGGUUGUAUGCCUGGGCGUGGGAGGCAUGGUUGAUCUUGGCCCGCUUCUUGGACUCGAGCCUGAAGGCGAAGAGUCCCCCUACAGUGGCGUGGAGGUCUGGGUCAUGGAUGCUCACCGGCCAUGGAACCUGGGAAACGUGUUUGGCGGUCUACCCCUCGAUCCUGCAACCGAGAUCUCAUCAUCUUACCAAUCCAGAAGCCCCCCGGGAGUUGAUGGCGGCAAGAUCACACGUGGUUUUAGACCAGGCAAGGGUGGGAUUGUGGUCUUUGACGACGGUGAUAUCGAGGAGGACAUGGAGACGGAGCGAAACGCCUAUCUCGCUCUGGUGGACAUGCCCGAGAUUGACGAGGACGACCAGGAUUUGGGAGAUUCCGACGAAGACGACGACGAGCAUGAAGCUCAACACUUGGAGCCUGUUCAUGCAGGGCAGAAGCGUAAGAGCUGGUCAGACGCCGAUGAUGAUUUCAGCGACGACGACAGGCCCCGGCAACGGCGGAGGAGUAAUUCAUCAAGUCCUAUCCCAGAGUCACCGCGACGCCCUCAGCCUCGAGGUCUUAUAUCUUUGCAAGACCCCACCAUCGGUCUAUCAAGCGAUCCAGUUGAGCCUCCUUCAGGAGCGCAACCGCCAGCAGCUGCAUCGGCACGCACACUUCGAAGGCGGCUCCUACGAAUACGACAAGAAAACGAGGCUGUUCUCCACCGUUAUUACAAGGUUGGCUCCUCUUUCUCGGAGCCACUGUCGUCGAUGAUGUACUCGCUCGCGUCUGAACUUGGUAGAGAGGAUAACGAUUUGCUCUGGCUUACAAUCGUUGGUGUCACAUCUAUGGAGCUCUAUGGCCGUUCAUCGGCAGGCAUUGCUGCUCCUAUCAGACAGAGCGACAGGAGCCGUCCCACGGGUUGGCUAGGUGUACGAGGAGCCAGGAUACGGCAACUCCUUCGUGAUGAAGUGAGACGCUUAAACCCACCAGAAAUCUCGAACGGACGUGUUGCUGCAGAGAACACAGGCGUUAUCCCUACCACAGCUCGAAAUCCGGAGGAUACUGGGAUUCGCCUAUCCCCUGAGCCCAGGUUCUUACUCAUCCGACACUGGAGUCUUUAUGACAGCAUGCUUCAUUCUCCUUACCUCUUUUCUCGGCUCAAAACAUGGAGCGAGACGGGAAUCAAGCGUCUCCAUAAAUUGCUUGCCAAGAUGGGAGUUAGCCUGGCCCAGUGUAAACAGAGCUAUACGCACAUGGACAUGAUGCUCAAGCGGGAGCUCAGGGCCAAGCUCUUGAAAUAUGGCUCACUAUAUAAUCUCGACGAGAUGGUACCGUCGGUCGACACUGAUGGAAAAGACCGCGCUGGUGCCAAAGAUGGCUGGGGCUUUGUCCGAAGCUGGGGAUGGCGGGCAACGCUAAGUGCUCAAGAUGUCGGUGUCGUUAUAGGCGCACUCCUUGAAGUGGGAAAGCACGCACAAACAGUAGACAAUGCGCCAGCAGCAAGUCAAGUCGGGAAGGAAAUUGAGGAGGAAGCCGAAUUCGCUGCGCAAGGAGAGGAAUGGGUUGGGCGAUUCUGGGAGGCGUACGAUGCCCUUGAGGACAUCGAUGCCUUGAAGAGUGGCCUUCCCACUGCCCAAUUUCUUCACCGCGCAAUCUACCGCACAGGAACUUCUCUCAUCAACAAGAAACAGAUCAAACAUCUCCGCGCAUUCCGCAUGUGCGUUGUCAAGGAUGGGCCUGACGUAUCACUUUUCACCCAUCCCGCUGCACUUACCAAGCUCUCACUAUGGAUUGGAGAAGCCCUUGCCGAACAGGAGAGGGAGGCUCAUGGAAAAUUAUCGCACGGCGGCCGUGGUACACCUCUUGUUGUAGCCAGCCUCAACGAGAAGCGCGGCGUAUACGUCGUUGUAGGAACGGGCGGUGGAGGUGGCCCAGACACGACGUUCCUUGAUAGAGAGGCAGCGAAACAACGGAAGGCUGAAAGAGAAGCAAAACUAAAGAAGAAGGAGGAGUCGCGACUUGCUAAACAGAAGGUUCGGGAAGAGAAGCGGGCAGCACGGCGAGACGCAGGCGACGACGAAGACGAGUUGGAGACAGAAUCAGAAGGAUCUGACAGUUCAGACUCGGACGAGUCAGAAGACGAGGAUGUCGAGCAUGAGAAGGGCUACGGCUUGAACAAGUUUGGCAGCGCAUUCCAGGAGGUUGUAUCAGAAACCAACACACGAGUGCGCAUCGACAGCUUUGAGCACUGCGUGGUGGAAGUGAAGAAGGAGGAUCUUGGAGGCUUCCUCGAAAGUCUGAGUAUGAAGGCGGUGGUUGGGUGA